AUGUUCAAGGGCAAAAGUCUGGCGGUCUUGGCUUCGGUCCUCGUCACUGUGACAUGUGUGGUGAUCUACUUCGAGUGGAGAGCCGUCCAAGAGAUUCCCAAAAGCUUCGUAAAACUGGAGCUGAAGAACUUGCUGCAGAAGGGCCGUCAUGCGCUGCUCCAUCGGAUGAUCGCCUCGGGCUUCCACCGCGCGGCCGCGCCGGCGGCAGCGGAGCCGGCCGCGCCGGCAGCGGCAGUGGAGGCAUCGAGGGUGGCUCUGAGAGGUGCAGGGCCUGCGCCUGCAGGGGAGGUGAGUGGGCUUACCGCCAGCUUGGCGCCUCAUCCCUCGCUUUCCACGGGUUUGCCCAGCUUCCCGACGCCAAGGGAGGUGAGACAUGCCAGCUGUUUGCACGACUACGAGAUGUCGAAGUGGCCUAGAGCUUCUUUGGUGAUCCCUUAUCUCAAUGAGACCUGGGAGCACAUGAGUGCAACCGUUUCUUCCCUCGUGGCCCACAGUCCGUUGGAGCUUGUGGAUCAGAUCCUCUUCAUUGAUGAUGGCAAUGCACCUGAGUGGCAACAUCAUGAGGAGCUCCUCGCUUUGCAUCCCAAGAUACGUGUCCACCGGAAUGAGCUCCGCCAGGGCCUCAUCCGUGCGAAGGUCAUCGGUGCUGCGAUGAUACAGAGUCCAGUGCUCAUCUUCAUGGAACCGCAUUGCAUCGUCUCACGGCAGUGGCUGGAACCACUCUUGGAGCAACUGGCCCUUGCAAGAGACCACAAGACCUUGGUGAUGCCCACCCUAGACAUCAUUCCCGAGAACAACUUCAACCAGUAUCUUCCCGCCAAUCACCACAUUGGCGGCUUUGAUUGGACGUUGUCCUUUGGAUGGAAGGAGCUGAUUGAGAAGCGCAACCUGUCCUACGUCUAUCCGGAUCCUUAUCCCACCCCUGCACUCUCAGGAGGUAUCUUCGGGAUUUGGAAAGACAACUGGGAACACAUGGGCACCUAUGACACCAAUAUGACCGAGUGGGGAGGAGAGCACAUCGAGAUGUCGCUGCGCACUUGGCGCUGUGGGGGUCGCAUCCUCGUCGUGCCCUGCUCCCGCAUGGGGCAUGUCUUCCGAGCCAAAAACCCUUACGUGGUCCAUGUACCUGAGGUGAUGAAGAACACCAAGCGCGCGGCCCUGGUGUGGCUGGAUGAACACCUGGAGGAUUACUACAAGAAGGUGCCCUAUGCCAAGCGCAUUGAAGCAGGGGAUGUUUCAGAGCGGAUUUACUUGAAGAAGCAAUUGCAGUGUGAAUCCAUGGAUUGGUAUAUAGACAAUGUCUAUCCAGAGCUUCGAGCAGAGCUCAGCACCAAAUAUUGA